UGCAAGCAGUUAAACAAUGCCUUAAUCCAGGCAGGAAAUCUCAAAGUACAUGAGAGAAUACACACAGGUGAGAAGCCUUUGAAGUGUAAGCAUUGUAACAAGGCAUUGUAAUGACUGCGCAAGAUUUUCUUGUAAUGACCGGGCAUUACUAGCUAGGUGUCUACGGGGUAUACAAACUGUUUUUGAACAAAACUUGAUAAAGGACAACUAUAUUAUUGUAAAAUUGACAGCUGUAAAAAAUGGCUACCCGCUGACAUGUAUCACGUGACUGUAUUGCAGACUCAAAUGUUUUACUCAUUGAGGGCAGGUGACGUUUUUUUGAAAAGUUAUUCGCUGACCAUUAAGUGGUUUUUAAUUGAUCGCGGGCUCAGUUCCAAAAUUUUUUAUUAAAGAAACUGUCUCUUGGUUUCAAUCGCAUCGCCAGGUUCGUUUCUGUUUAAUGAAUACGAGGUGGAAUGAUCUCUUACUCGCGGAUGUUGAAAAUUCCGGUUUUUUUAUUGUAUUCAUUUUAAGAAUAACACUAAACAGGCCAUAUGACAGAUAACUUAGCAACCUCGUCCGUUCGGUCAUUACAGGGAAGCGAUUGCGAUGUCAAUACAUCAAAGCUGAGUAGUACUGAGAGCAAGCAUUGUAACAAGGAGUUUACCCAUGCAGGAAACCUGGAAGGACAUAAAAGACAACACACUGGUCAGGAGCCUUUAAAGUACAAACGCAAGGCGUUUAGGGUGGCAGGAAGUCUGAAAGCACAUGAAAGGAAACACACAGGUGAGAAGCCAUUUAAGUGCAAGCAUUGUAACAAGGCUUUUAGCCAGGCAGGAAGUCUGAAAGUACAUGAGAGAAUACACACAGGUGAGAAGCCAUUUAAGUGCAAGCAUUGUAACAAGACGUUUAGCCAACCAGGAAAUCUGAAAGUACACGAGAGAAUACACACAGGUGAGAAGCCAUUUAAGUGCAAGCGUUGUAACAAGGCCUUUAGCCGGGUAGGGUGUCUGCAAGUACAUGAAAGAACGCACAGUGGUGAGAAGCCAUUUAAGUGCAAGCAUUGUAACAAGACGUUUAGC